UAAAAUCGCUACUUUGGCUAAGUGUCAGUGCUCUUUGUAUACACUAACAAAAAUGUUUGCUUAUGCAGGUUCCGUUUUUUCAUUGUACUCUUUGUUGUUGCUCUUAAAGAAAUCAGCUGGCAUUUUCUUGUGAGAAUUUACUUUGUACAUAAUUUUUUCUCACUAAACAGAGUGAAGUCAUAAAACAACAGCAAAAUGGGGUGUUCAUUAGUUUAAGUUAUUCAACUGUUUCUUUUUGCAAAUAACAAACAAGAGGUUUUAAUUAACAAAUUUAUCAAAUUAAAUUCGAUUUUUUAUUUGUCAGUACUAAAGAAUAGCAUAUAUAAGUAGUUUUUUAAUUAGAAAAGUGUUAAGAGUUACUUAAAAGUUCCGUCUCACGGCCCUAUAUUAUUAUUUAUUGCUCUCGGUUCUAUGAAAUUCCAUUGCCUUUCGAAUUAUAAAGUUUUAAGUAGACAGACGCCAGUGCACCAGCUUUAGGCACAACAGUGAAUUGUUGCGGUAAUUAAACUGAUUUAAACUAAUUGAAGCGUAGAUUACAAAAUACAAAUUAAAAAUAAAAAUAAAAACAUACGUUCACGACGCAGUGCUUAAUUUGGCUUCGCUGCAUUGUUUAUUGUAUGGGUAGUGGCGGUGGAAGUGGAAGUGGUAGUGGUGCAAAAAGCAGAAGGGUUAAUAAGAUUGUUGCACUUAUUGAGCAACGAAGUCGGAAAAGGCGUUUGUAAUGAAAUUGAAAGUGAAGAAAAGCUUUUGUAGAGAUUAAAUUUAGAGCAGCAUUUUUACAUUGACACGACGCAGUAGCAACGCAUGACUAUGCCGCCGUUAAAAACCUAUUCGCCACACAACGAAUUUAAUGCAAAUUGCUGCAAUGGGAAUGCUUCCGAUGCCACAAGCGAAGGAGCAGCACUCAAUAAUCCAACACAACGCACAAAUUUACCAUAUUAUUGCAAUGCCAAUUAUCCAUUCAAGGUACUGAACAACCUCAACCAGCUGCGUGAACAAUCACGUUUCUGUGACGUUGAAAUUGUUGCUGGUGGAGUGACUUUCAAUGCACAUCGAGCAGUGCUCAGUGCGGCGAGCGCUUACUUUGAGGCGAUGUUUCGACCAGAACUGGGGCUGAAUGAGGUCAAGCAGAAGUCGGUUAUAUUACAUACCAUUGAUGGUGAAAUUUUGAGUAUACUUUUAGAGUUUAUUUAUACCGGACGCUGUGAAAUAACACAGACAAACGUACAGGAAUUGCUGGCUGCAGCUGAUAUGUUACAAUUACACGAGGUUGUUGACGGUUGCUGUGAGUUUCUAUGUCGCGAACUGCAUGCUUCCAAUGCGCUGGGUAUUUUACGUUUUGCAGAAGCUCACAGCUGCGAAUCACUGGCUAAGAGCGCUUUGAAUUUUGUACACUCAAAUUUUCCAGCGAUAACACUGGAAGACGAAUUUCUUGAUACACCACAAACAUUACUAUCACAACUACUCACCUCGGAGUUACUACGAGUUGAUUCGGAAUCACAAGUUUUCCAAGCAGCAUUACGUUGGAUAAAACAUGAUGUUACACAACGCAGAUGCUUCGUUUUUGAUAUACUGUCGCACGUCCGUCUAGCUUUAGUACCGGUUAAAGUUAUUGAUCAGGCUUUAAAAGACUGUCGUGACAUGUCCGUAAAAAUAGCGUUACGUUCCAUUUGUAGAGACAUUGCCUCGAAACGUGGUCAACUGGUACCCCUACGCGUUUGUCCACGUCAACUGGCAAAAAAGAAUAUUUACAUAAUUGGUGGUUCACGUCGUGAGACACCACGCACCUGGAAUCCCGCCGAUUCUAUUUUUGAGACUGUUGCUAAAUUUGAUAUAUUUCGACGAGAAUGGUCUGAAACAGCACCAAUGGAAAUUGGACGUAUACUGCCUGGAGUAGCGGCUUUAAACGGUAAAAUUUAUGUGAUUGGUGGUGAGAGAGGUUCACAAAUUUUAGCAAAUGGCGAAGUUUACGAUCCACAAAAUGAUGUUUGGGCACCAAUAGCGCCAAUGAUAACGCCACGUUGUGAAUUUGGUUUAUGCACAAUGGGUGGUAAUCUUUUUGCAGUCGGUGGUUGGAUUGGUGAUGAUAUAGGUGGUUCUAUGGAAUCCUAUAACCCUGAGAGUAAUGUUUGGAAAUUUAUCGGAAGCUUACCUGAACCACGGUUUAGCAUGGGUGUGGUGAGUUUUGAGGGUUUAAUAUACAUUGUAGGUGGUUGCACAACAUCGUGUAGGCAUUUACCAGAUCUGAUAAGUUAUAAUCCUGUGACUGAAGAAUGGCAACCAUUGGCGCGCAUGCAAACAGCUCGUUGUCAAAUGGGCGUAGCCAUUUUAGAUCGAUUUCUGUAUGUGGUGGGUGGAAACAGUAGUGCACAAGAUGUGCUUAGUUCCGUGGAACGUUAUAGUUUUGAUGAAAAUAAGUGGUCAACUGUUUGUUCCAUGUCGGUACCACGUGCUAUACCAGCUGUAGCAGCAGCUGAUGGCCUACUUUACGUAGCUGGUGGCGAUCAGCCUUGUGAAGAAGUUAACUUCUAUCGUGCCCAUAUAACGAUUAGUGCAGUCGAAUGCUAUGAUCCUCUAUCAGAUACUUGGAAAAAUUGUCCAGACUUGCCGAUGAGUCGAUCAGAAGCAGGGGCUGUUGUUGUUUAACGCUUAGUUUCUACUACGCAAAUACAAAAAAUUUUUGCCUAUGGCAUAUUAAUAUCAUACCUGUUAUUGUUAUUUACGCUCAUUAAACGGUUUUUCACGUUA